AUGAAACCUUCCGUGUUUUACGGCAAGCGCGUAAAUGCGCAACCUCAUGUCAGAGCUCCCCCAGAGGAAAGUGAGGAUAGUUGUCUCAGUGAUAGUGCAGGCAGCGAUGAGGAAUAUGUUCCCAAGCCAGGUGAUGAAGAGAGCUGCAGUGAGAGCGACAGGAGCAGCAGUGAUGAGGAAAAUGUUGUCAAGCCAGGUGUGAGGAGGAGGAGCAGCAGCAGUGAGGAGGAGGUUCAAUACCAGGAUGCGGGCAGUGAUGGCGAAUGUGUUCCCGAGCCAGGGGAUGAAGAGAGCAACAGGAGUAGCAGUGAUGAGGAGGUUAAUAACACCAGUGCCCAAGCUGCAAGAAAGACACAAAAGAGACAAAACAAAGACAAAGUGGUGUGGAAGACAGUGAAACAGACUCAGAGCUCUACAAAAAAAGUGCCAGUGUGGGAAGGUGCUCUGCCAGACAGUGACACAAUCAAACAGCCUGUUGAUUAUUUCAGACAGUUUUUUGACACUGAACUUUUGGAUCUUAUUGUCAAUCAGAGCAAUCUGUACAGCACACAAGAAAAUCCAAACCGUGCCUUGAAAUUAGAUCAGAAAGAAUUGGAGCAGUUCAUUGGAACUGUUUUGUACAUGAGUGUUAUCCGCUUACCUCACUCUAGGAUAUACUGGUCUAAUGCAUUUCGUGUAGAGCAGGUGGCUGAUGUGAUGCCCCGCGGCAGGUGGGAAGAAAUUAAACAUUUCCUUCAUUUGAAUGAUAACUCGGCACCCAACAACAGUGACAGGCUGUUCAAAAUUAGGCCACUAAUUGAUUCCCUGCUCUCAAAAUUCCAAGCUCUGCCUCAAGAUCAGAUGCUAUCGAUUGACGAACAAAUGGUGCCAUUCAAAGGCAGAUCUGUUCUAAAACAGUACAUCCCCAAAAAACCGUACAAAUGGGGAUACAAAAUCUUUGUUUUGUGUGACACAAAAGGCCUGGUGCACUCAUUUGAUGUUUAUGCAGGGAAAUCUGAUCCUCCACCAGGUUCACAAGACAUAGGGUCAAGCGGGAACUUCGUGCUAAAACUUGCACAAGUUAUUGAAGGCUCUGUCAACCACCUGCUGUUUUUUGAUAAUUGGUUUUCCUUGCUAGAUUUGUUUGUAGCUCUUGCAAAAAGGGGGAUACCAGCCCUUGGCACUGUGCAGCAAAAUCGCCUGCCAUGCUGCAGUUUCAGCGAAGACAAAAAGCUCAAAAAGAAGGGAAGAGGGACAUUUGAGGAGCAACAGGCUGUUGUUGACCGUGUUGACCGUGUGGAGGUUAGGGCUGUCAAAUGGUUUGACAACAGAGGGGUGAUUGUUGCCAGCACUUUUGCAAGUGCCCAGCCUGUUUCCUUCAUAGAGAGGUGGGACAGAAAGCAAAGGAGGAAAGUGUCUGUGGAAUGUCCUAGCAUCAUCACCCUCUAUAAUAAGUUCAUGGGUGGUGUUGAUGCACUUGAUGCCCUAAUCGCCUACUACCGCAUCCACAUCAGGUCUAAGAAGUAUUACCACCGAUUCUUCUUUCACUUCGUGGACAUGGUGGUUGUCAACGGCUGGUUGCUCUAUCGGCGUAAUUGUGACAGUAUGAAUGUUCCACGGAAGAAGCAGAAGGACUUGCUGGCUUUCAAGCUUUCCAUUGCACAGGCCCUCUGCAUGCAAGGCAAAGAUCUGUCCGCCAAAAAGAGGGGGCGGCGUUCGUCUGACGUGGAGCGAGAGUUCAAGAAGAAGCGCAGGGGACCAACUAAGGCUAUUCCCACACAAGAUGUCCGUGCUGAUGGUGUGGGUCACUGGCCGCAAAUCGACAGUGUGCGGCAACGCUGCAAAUUCCCUAAGUGCACGGGCCACACUAGCUUCAAGUGUACAAAAUGUGAUGUUCACUUGUGCCUAAACAAGAACAAAAACUGCUUCUGUGCAUUCCAUGAGUGA